AUGGAGAACGAACGGCUUAACUGCAGAUGCAGCCGACGCGGCCGCAUUUGCGUCUGUGUGCCAAGGAACCAUGUGGAUCCGAGCCUGAUCCAGGUGAUGAACGAGGCGCGCCGUCUGCGCGUCAUGGAGGAGCUGGCCGCCGUGCUGGAGAGGGAUCUGAUGGGCGUCGACGCCAAGUGGGUGCUCUUCACCAUGGCCGUGCAGAGCUAUCGCUACGAGCAGCUGGUGGUACCAUUUCCGCCUGCAUAUGCCACGCCCACUGGCCUCAACAUCGACUCGCUGAGCUUUGUCACCGGCACCAUGACCGAGCUGGCGACCUACCAGCGCCGUCUGAUGCAGAAGCUGCUGCCGCCCGAGCAGGUACAGCUGAUGCACUGGCUGCUCGUGCAGAGCGACACGCCGCAGCUGCGCCAGGUGCAGCGCCACGAUCAGCCGGAGCUGUGGCGCCAGCUGGCCUUCAAGCCGGAUCCGCGGCCACACUUGAUAUUCCGCGUGGUGCCCAAGGGCUCCGACGACGGGUCCGCCAAGCCGCUGGACCCGGCCAGCUGCCUCUUCUACGGCGGCGACAUGGAGGAGCUCUUCGCCAUGAUGUCGGCCAAGCGCUACGACCUGAAUCAAUCCGAGCUCGAAUUCUACGAUGAUCUGGAGACGGCCGCCAACAUGGCCGAGUGGUGCCCCGGCUGGGGCUACUCGAUCUGCGGCACUCUGCUGCGCUGUGUGGCCGUGUGCCAGCUGCACGAGCACAAGCGGCUUCAGGUGCGCUACCUGCUCUUCUACAGCAUGUGCUACACCAAACAGAUGCAGGCCGUGCGCCGCCGUCAAUGGAAAAGCCGUCGCAGCGCCUUGGUGGUGCUGGGCGCUCUGACGCUCGCUUCUCUGACGCUGGUGGCCACGAAUAUGCGCCAA